CUACAGCGCACGGAGAAAUAAAAGAACAAUGCAAUAUAUGAAACCAGCGUUUCGAAACGGCUGCAACUGCUACACUUUCUCCCGCUUCUUAAACGUAAACCCUAACCCAUUCAUCCUCGUUUCGCUCCCGUCUUUGCCGUUUCUGAGACUCGAAACGUUUCGCCCGCCAUCACCCGUUUCGUGCUUCUCCUCGUCGUCAAUGGCGGGCAGUGACCACUCGGUGUCGGUGCCGCCAUCGUCUCAGUCGCUGGAGGGACAAUUCGAGAUGUUCAGGACUCAGCUGGAAGAAUCUGGAAGCUUGCGCGAGCGAAUUCGAGGCGUCGUUUCGCAGAUUGAGUCCAUCACUAGGCUCAUGUAUGCUAGCCUCCUUCUGGUUCACCAUUCUCGCCCCACUCCCGAGCUUUUAGAGAAGGCCAAGUCUCAGGUUAAUGUGCUGAAGGAGCAGUACAAGCAACUUGCUGAAAUUCUUGGAGGAUGCCCCGGGCAAUACUAUAGGUAUCAUGGUGAUUGGAGGAGCGAGACACAGUCUGUAGUUUCACUGCUUACUUUUAUGCACUGGCUUGAAACAGGAAGCCUUCUCGAGCACAAGGAAGCUGAGGAAAAACUUGGGUUGAAUAGUUCAGAGUUUGGUCUAGAUGUUGAAGACUACCUAAUAGGUGUUUGUUUUAUGUCUAAUGAAUUGCCAAGGUAUGUGGUGAAUCAAGUGACAGCUGGGGACUAUGAUUGCCCAAGGAAGGUGUUAAAGUUCUUAACAGAUCUCCAUGCUGCAUUCCGCAUGCUUAAUCUUCGAAAUGAUUUUCUGCGGAAGAAGUUUGAUGGCAUGAAGUAUGACCUAAGAAAAGUAGAAGAAGUUCACUAUGAUGUUAAGAUUCGGGGUUUGACACCCAAUGUUGAGUCAGUUGGAGAUCAAGGAAUCGAAGGAUAAUCUUAGGUUGUAAUAGCCGCAGACCCAAAACGAGAACUUCAGUACAUGGUGGUGGAGCUUCAUUGACCACUCAACAAAAUGACUUGAUAGACUCGGCUUUCUGUUAACUAAGCUGUAACUAAAGUUUUCUAAUGGUUGAUGAAGGGAAGUAAAGGUUUGUCAGUACUGUAUACAAUUCUGUCAAAAUCUGUGGCAAUGACUCUUUCAAAGCCAUUGGGAGAACUGAGAACCCUGUAUGCCUAUCUUUUUAGAUGUAGAAUAUAGUACGUUGAAGUUUA